GUUGUCAGGACAGGGUAGCUGAAGUUUGGUGAGUAAGAGUGUUGUUGUGUGCUAUUGAGUCUAUUCCAAUUCAUGGUGACUUCUAUAAAACAGAGUAGAACUUCCCCAUAAGUGUUCCUAGGGUGUAAUCUUUACGGUCUUUUCUCCUAGAGAGUGGCUGGUGGGUUCAAACCUCUGAUCUUUUAGUUAGCAGACAAACACUUGUACACUGUGCACCAGGGGUCCUGAGUAAAGAGUAACAAAUAUAAAUUGGGGCUAGGGAGAGAAUAGAAGCAUUAGUGACAAACUGAGGCAGAGAAAAGAUGAGACCUCACUGAACUUCUUCAUCCCUUGACUCACUUCUCCCAGUAUUACCUAUCACUGUGCUUAAGCAGCCAUGUGCUUGUCCUUCUUGUCUUUGGAAGGCUGGGCCAGCUCUUUGUAAUGGUUAAACCACAGAAGAGCCUGGGUUUCUCAGCUCCAGGAAGGGGCUGGAUUUGGGAUUGCAUGAGAAAUCUGGGUUCCACCUCAAAUAUGACUCUACUCUCCUGUUUUCACAGAUCCCACUGGAAGAGAAUGGAUAUUGGAAACAAUUCCUUAGUGACUGAGUUUAUACUUGUAGGUUUAACAGAAUAUCCAAAGAUCCAAUUCCCUCUCUUCUUCCUCUUCCUAGGAAUCUACAUUGUCACUGUGGCAGGUAACCUGGGAUUUAUCACUCUAAUUGGCCUGAAUGCUCACUUUCAUACCCCUAUGUACUAUUUCCUCUUUAAUUUAUCCUUUACUGAUCUCUGUUACUCUUCUGUCAUCACCCCAAAACUGCUGGUAAACUUUGUGUCGAAGAUGAACAUCAUCUCCUAUGCAGGAUGCAUGACUCAGCUCUUUUUCUACUGCUUCUUUGUGAGUGCAGAGUGCUAUGUGUUGACAGUGAUGGCCUAUGAUCGCUAUGUGGCCAUCUGUAAACCUCUGCUGUACACGGUCACCAUGUCCCCUCAAGUCUCUUCUCUACUGGCUGUGAUUGUGUAUGUGGGGGCAUUUGUUGUUUCCUGGGCUCACACGGGAUGCAUGCUGAGGCUGACCUUCUGUGAUGCCAACACAAUCAACCACUACAUGUGUGACAUCUUCCCUCUCCUGGAGCUCUCUUGCACCAGCACUCAUAGCAAUGAACUGGUGGUUUUCGCCCUUGUGGGUUUUAAUAUUUGUGUGCCCAGCCUCACCAUCAUUGUCUCUUAUGCUUACAUUCUCUCCAGCAUUCUCCACAUUCACUCCAGGGAAGGAAGGGCCAAGGCUUUCAGCACUUGUAGCUCACAUAUAAUUGUUGUUUGUGUUUUCUUUGGAUCAGGGGCAUUCAUGUACCUCCAUCCUUCUUCUGUUUUGUCCAUGGACCAGGGGAAAGUGUCCACCGUGUUCUAUACCAUUGUUGUGCCCAUGCUCAAUCCUCUGAUAUACAGCUUCAGGAACAAGGAGAUUAAAAUUGCCCUGAAGAAAACUUUCAGUAGAAAAACACUUUCCUGA